AUGGGGGCUCCAUUUAACAACGGUUUCCUAGCAAAUGGAAUUUCGUCGCCAAAUGGUUUGGCAACUAUGAAUCCUUUGGCAGCAGCUAACAACAUUGCAGCUUCCACCAACAUAGCUGCUGCUAAUUCUAUAGCAGCUGCCAACAAUAUAGCAGCUACCAAUAACAUUGCGGCUGCUAAUAAUAUAGCAACGGCCAAUAAUUUAGCAGUUGCUAGUACUUUAGCGGCGGCCGAAGCUGUGACACCGUGCGCAGCCAAUGUACUUGGAUAUGAACCCAAGUUAGGUGGUCUACGAAUCGGUGAUAUUGCAGCUUCCAAUAGUAGGGGAUUCCAAGUUACUAGUUCGUCGCCCGGUGCUCCUCAUGGCUUAUCGGUUUUAUCUGACAACAUGGUGGUUGAAGGCCCACUCACAGUCGCUGGCCAACUUCCAUUCCUGGGCAGCGUGGCACUAGAGGGACCUCUAGCAGCGACUGGGCAAGGUGCAGUUUCAUACGGUUGCGGCAAUGGAAACGUGGGUAUUGUGAACGAAAGUGCUGGGCCCAUGGGCCCAACAGGUGGGAUGCCUUAUGGUGGGCUUCCUAUGGGCCCGGGAUAUGGUGGAUUCCCAAUGGGUCCGAACGGAAUUGGUUUCAACAGCAUUGGUGCCACUGUUCCUAAGGAACUUCCAACUGCAGCUUCCAGAUACAGCGAUGACCCCACCGGCCGGUACCUCACCACCGAAGCGCACAUUGCCCACAACAGGAACCUGGCCUACUACGACGGUGCUGCCAGCGACGGGCAUCUCUCCGGCCACCGAUAUAUCUCCGGAAAUCCGUACACCGGGACCGUCGGCAAUGGUUUUGCUGCCGAAAAUCUGGUUCUGGGGAAACCCGGGAUAUCAUUGGCAACGCCUCUAACGGGACUGCCAUGCGGACCGAUCGUUGCCGAGACUCCACUGACGUACGCGCCUGGCAUUAUUGAGAGCUUCCCACUCGCGAUCACUUCUAGAAUCCCUCCCGGAAGCUUGUCCGUAUUCUCUGACAACCUGGUUAUCGAGGGCCCUAUCAUCGUGAACGGUGAACUGCCUUUCUUGGCCAGCGUGGCCGUGCAAGGGCAAGUGCCCGCCGUCGGUCGAGGCACAGUCUCCUACGGGUGCGGGAACGGCGAAAUCGGCAUCACCGCCGAGGGCGUCGCUCCACCAGCAUCCCCGUUCAGUUACGGCAACGGAUUCGGCUACUCCUCAGACUUCGCUUUCCCUAGCCUGGGACUAGGCCCUUACGUCCGCGGAUGCAUCCCG